CACCACCACCACCACCAACACCAAAGCGACCAAGAAUGAAUUCAAACUCAGAAGCAACUCAGGAGAAAGAGGAUGCCCAGCAACAAGCGUGGGCAUGCCAGCAGGCUUCAAGCUAAGCGAGUACCUAGAGGGCUACCCUUCAGAGGUGAAAGUCAGGCGAGCCAUCUACAUCGGCGAGCGCUCCAAGCCUCUAGCGGCAGAAAGCUACGCGAUCGCGCUGUCAGAGCUGCGAGACAGCACUCGCAACGUCACCCUGUACGACGAGCUGCACCAGCGGCUGCAGCAGCUAGGCCAGGCGCCGGAGCGCGACGCAGUCUGGGCAGAGAAAACGCGCAACGAGAAUGUCUCGGUGGCAAGGGCGGUGGCGCAGGGGCAGAAGCGCGAGGCCAUGCGUGGGCAGAGGGAGCUGGCGCAGCACCUGAUGGCCUGCGGCGCAUGGGCGGAGGCCACAAGGGCGUGGCACGAUGCGCGCGAGUACUGCACGAGCGUCGACGAGCAGGCACAGCUGCACCUGGAGGCCGCGCAGAUUGCCGCGCUGGAGGAGCGGUGGGUGCAGAGAGCGCAGCUGGCGCUGGCCAAGGGCACGGCGGCGGCGGCGGCGCAGCAGCAGGCGGUCGACCUUCUGCAGCUGCAGGCCAGCGUGGGCGAAGGCCGGUGGCUGACGGUUGUGGCUGCGGUGGGCGGCGCCGGGGGCGGCGCGCUCUUGGCAGAGGGGCGCUGCGCUGUGGCUGCGCGCGACCUCGCGCUCUACGGCACCCUGGCCGGGCUCGUUGCGCUCAGCCGCGACGACAUCAAGCGCAGGCUGAUUGGCGGCGCGGAGUUCGGCAAGCUGUUCGACCAUAUGCCGGAGUGCCUGCGGCUGCUGCAGAGCUUCUUGCCUGCGCUGCUGGACGGCAUGCUUGCGGUGGCCGGGCUCGACCCGCUUUUGGGCAAGCACGUGGCGCAGCUGCGCGCCGCUAUCCGCGAGAACACCGUCGUCCUGUACACGCAGCCGUUCGCGUCGAGCAGCCUGGACACGAUGGCGCGCGCGCUGCGCUUUGAGUCGCGCGCAGCGCUUGAGGCCACGCUGGCCAGGCUGAUUGAGCGCAGGCUCAUUUCGGCACGCAUCGACGGCACAAAGGGCUUCCUGGUCAAGUGCGUGCCCAGCGCACGAGACGCCGCGCUUGAGUCCGUCGAGCGCAUGUACGCGACGUUCAGCCUGCAGGCCGAGCUGAUGCUGUCGCGCGUGCAGUUCCUCGAGGAGGAGUCUGCCUCGGGCAAAAGGAGCUGACGGCGGGGGCUGCGCUGCGGGGGUUCUUUCUUUCACCUUUAUUGAAAUGCUUUGGAAAUGACAAAUACUAAGCAGCAGGGGCGGGUUUACUCCUGGCCGAAAAACGUCCAUGGGAUUUCGAAAAACACAAACGGCGUGUACUCGCUGCUCAGGAUGCUCGAAAACUCGUGCAUGUCGAAAGCGCCGUCGGCGGCGGCGGCGGCGGCGGCGGCGGC